ACUACAAUUUGUCUCCUGAAUUUUCUAUCGCGUUUUCCCACGUGGGAUCAGAUACAGUCAAACAGGUUACUACAGUAGCUAACCAGUUUACUCCUACAAACUUAAUUUCCUAUCCGCAACAGUGUCGAUUGAUUGAAAUGAACAACGAAAACGAAGAGGACUUGGAUCAGUCCUAUCUUGACGAUGUCCUAAACAAUCUGUAUGAUUUUGGUGAUGGACCAGCAAGGCGAAAAAACAAGUCACAGAAAAAGAAACGGAAAAGAACCGCGGAAGAGCGGAAGGAAGCAUGUGCAGAUGAAGACUGUCUUCUUGAGGAAGUACAGCAACAGGACGGUUCAGGAACCUGCUCCGACGUAACGAAAACAGAGUCCGACAAUCAACAUCAUCCGCCAGGAGUAGAAGUGGUGACCUUCCAGGACCCCAUGAAAAAACUCAUGACAAAGAAGAGUCCCAUGGUACCUGUAGCCUCAACUGAGAUAAAGGAGAAGUCCAAAACAAAGGAGAAACAGAAGCCGGAGUUAUUGGAAGAAUUCAGUUUAGAAAAGGCUCGGUUAGAGGUGCACAGGUUUGGGAUCACAGGGUAUAAGAAGGAGCAGCAGAGGAUGUUUGAACAGGAGAGAGCCAUCAUGCUGGGAGCCAAGCCCCCUAAAAAGGAAUAUGUGAACUACAAGUUGUACCAGCAGAUGAGUAAGGACAAGAAGCAGAAAGCCAGGGAAGAGGUCCAGACAGACCUGAAGAAGAAGAAAAAGAAGAGUAAACCGAGGGACGAGAAGAGGAAGUCUUCCUCAGGCAGCUCUGCCCCCACGGGCCAGGUGGGACGCUUCAAGAACGGCAUGCUAGUCCUGAGCUCCAAGGAGAUCCAGAAGAUCAAGACCUCCAGGGUCAGCAAGUGACGACAUGCAUGAGGAGAGGAGAGAGAGAGGAGGGUUUGGUACUUUGUCUGUGGAAACUAAAGGGGUUUACUGGAUUGUUGGUCCCAGACCAACAGCAGUCAAAGUUUGUGAUUGAAAACUUCUCUUCAGAAGGACCAGUACUCUCACCUCAGACAGUAGCUGUUCCAAACACUCAUGGUACGGGAGGACGAGAGAAGAAGAAGAAGAAAAAUGAACCCAAGCCAGAGCGUCACCUAUUCCAUCAGCGUUUAUUAACACAUCCCUUUUAAAAAGGAACCAAGACACCGCAUAUUCUUUUCUGUAUCACCAUGAAAACAAUGUAUGAGUACAAUGCAUUCAUUUUCCAUAUACAAACCACUGAGUACAAAAUGUUUACAUACUUGUGGAGGGGAAAGGAUGAAAACACACACAUGGAUGAUAUUGUAGAAAGGGAUGAAGUCCUGCCCCACGAGCAUAGGGCAGCUGUCACAGACUCGACCUUUAAGCUUCAAAUGUGAGGCCCCAUUGAACGCUUCUAUUCUUGUACCUGGCUUAUACUGUGUCCUUGGAUACCACCACCCCAUACAACAAACACAGUAGGCAUCCCAUAAUGGACUUGAGUGGAGGGCUGAAGAUGAACUGGGUAUGAAAUAAACAUUUCUGUAAUAUAUUUACAUAAAUAUAUGAAUAAAUGUAUUAACCUGUAAAUGUGUUUACGUUCCUGGCUCUUUAAGCAGGGACACAGGUAGAAAGGGGGUCCCAACAUCAGUGACUAGCGCAAUUUAGUUAGCAUAUUUAGCUUUUUGUCUUUUACUUUGAGAUGUUCACAUUCAGAGAAAAUUCCCCGUGGUCGGGGAAAAGGGAGCAUGCAUGUGGUCAGUAGGCUCCUACUGAUGCGAGUUGUUCGAUGGCUUGUUUUCACGGUGGGGGUGAUUCAGUUAGCAGCAACUCUGAGACAAAACGGCACUCAAUCAUCUCACAUGCUGAACCCUGACCAACGCUCUCGUUUCUGAAAACUUCCGUCCGUUCUUGAACCAUCUGCUGCUCUGUGAAGCGCUCUAUGUUGUGAAAAGUACAUCCAAGA